CCGUUCUUUGAUUCUAUCUUUUUAUUCCAUAUUUUCUUGGACAUGUCUUCACGAUGAAUCUUAAGGUCCACAAUCUCCUCCACAUUUGCAGACAGAACUCAUUACGAGUGCAGCAAACCUUACCAAAAACAACCAUUUCUAACUUCUGGGUUUGAGUAUGGAUGGGAAGGUGUUUGAUGCCAGGAGGAGGAUUGGGAAAGUGAAGGCAGCCAUUGACAUGUACGGAGGGACGAUUAUUGAAGGCAGUCCUUCAAUGAAGAAAUCCCAAUUGGGUUUCUCUGAGUCACCAUCAGAAUCAAGAGAGCUCCACAAUGCGAGGAGAGAUAUGGUGCGGUUCAAGGAGAGGAGAAAUGCUGCAGAGUCAGAGAACGCAAAGGCAGAAUCCGAGCUCUCUAAUGCAAAGAAGACUGUGAGCCUACUCUCUUCAAUGAUUGAGGAGACAAACACAAGCGCUGAGGUGCGAAAAAGAGGUGUCGAGAUGCUGAAGAAGAGUGCGGAGCCAGAGAGUGAUCAGUAUGCAGAAGUGAUGAGGGAAUUGGAGUUUGUGAAACAAGAACUUAGUAAACUUAAGCUGGAUAUGGCCAUUGUUUUAGGAGAGAAAAAAUGUGCAGAGAAGGAAAUUGAGUCCUCGAGGUCAAAAAUGUCGUCUGCUUCUAGUUCUGUAGAGGCACUAAGGAAGGAGAUUGAGGAGGUGAAUGAGGAGCAAGUUAUUGUUGAGUUGGCUCAGAUUGAGGCCGCAAAAGAAUAUGGAGAGAUUGAUGCUCAAAGAGUAAAGGAAGCCUGUGAAUUCUCGUUCACAAUGCAGGAAACAAGGAAGAAAAUUAUUGAUGCUAUUGAAGAGAUUGAAGCAUCGAAGAAUCUUGAAAACAGAUUGGCUAUAACUGUGUCUGAUAUUGAUUUUUUGCAGAAUGAGCUAAAACAAAUUAAAGAGAUGGACAUGAAUAUGGUACAGAGAAAUGAUAGCUCAAGGGAAUCUGACGAUUCAUCUUUAUUAAGGUCAAUAACAGAAGAGCUGGAUGCAGCAAAGAAAGAGUUGGAUUUGAUUAGAGAAGAAGGAUUUCAAUUCAUGGGAUCUAUGGAUAUCAUAAGAAGUGAACUGCAACGUGUCACAGGAGAAGUAGCUCGGUCGAAGAAGACAGAAGAGAAGACGGAAUCAACUAUUCAGAAGCUCAACUCAAAGCUGCUUAGAAUGAAAUCCAAACUGGAAGCUAUAUCUGCUGCUGGGGCAAAGGCUAAAUCCAUUGCAUCGAAUCUGUCGAACACUCUCGAACAGUUAACGACAGAAGCAGCAGCAGCAAAGAGAGAAAAAGAACUAAUAGUUGAAGAAACUGCAGCAGUCAAGGCAGAAAUACCACUAACCGAGUCGGAAAUAGGGUUAACUGAGGCAAGAUUGGAGGCAGCAGCGCAAGAACUUGAAGUAGUAAAAAUAUCAGAGGCCUUAGCUCUUGAGGAUCUAAAGAAUCUCAUUGAACACAGCAAGAGAGCAAGAGCCUCUGCUUCCCAACAUAGUUCCUCAAUUACAAUCUCAAAGUUUGAAUACGAGUACUUAACUGGUCGUGCAGUCGAGGCUGAAGAAAUCGCGGAUAAAAAGGUUGCGGCAGCUCAUGCAUGGAUUGAAGCUCUGAAGGCCAGUGAGAAGGAAACGCUUAUGAAGAUUGAAAUGGCUCAGAGAGAAAUCAAAGAAACGGAAAGAUCAGUUUUGUCACAGAGAAUGGAUGAGGGAGAGCUAAACAACAGGAGAAAGAAAUCUGAGAAAAAUGUAGAAGCUGAGAACAUGCCAUUUACAUCACCUAGAAAAUCCAUGAAAGGAUAUGGAAAUUUGACUCCAUCCCGACGUGCCAAGUUCCGAAAGUCUGCCUCACCCGCAAUUCGACUGUCUCGAUCAACUUCUUACACUGUUAGGAAGAGGAAAAAAGUGAUGCCGAACUUUGGCAGGUUCUUUGCUGGAAAGGCACUUGACAAAGAUCAGUAAUGACAUAGGUCUUCAUGAGCUUUCAAUUUGAUGACCCUGCGAUAAUUUCCAAAUCUUCCUAGUUUCUCUGGUUUGAUUGUGCGAGACAUUGACAAAUGAAAUAGAAAUUGUGGAAAGUGCGUUAUAUGUGUAAA